UACCUGCCAAAUCAACGUGCGUAUUACCAGCUGUGCAGGGUGGGCAGCCAUUAUUGUGUGAAAAGUGAUUGAACGCAAGCACUCCUGCCCAGUACCACUGUGCGACAUGUCGAGCACCAACUGGAUCUGGAGCGCGCAGUAUAAUGACUACUACUGUGUCACGUACGACGAGUACAACCGCCCAGUUUACCACUGGUCCAAACAAACUGCCACAGCACUUCCUAGGCAAGACUCGGGCCCACAACAGGACUAUGGCUCAAACGUGGCACUGAUGCCUGACCCAGCUCCGCCGCAAUUUCGUUCUUUGAGAGGCGCUAUCCAAGGCACGCCGCAAACCGGAUGGUACGAUCUACUGGACUUGAGCUACCGAAUGAGGACUGGGACCGAAGCCCGUGAUUUCUUCGUUGUCGGUAGAGUCUUUGCUAUGCUGUACUCUGAGGCCGCAGGUGGAACUGCACAAGCACAACCAAACGAUGACGCAUACACCCUAGUGCGCUUCAAUGAAGUGGUACAUACUAACAUUCGUCGAUUCGUGGUUGUCGAGGACAAGCAUGGUUUCGUAUACGCUUGUGGCAUUGGUACUUAUUCUGGUCGUGGGACUCUCAAAGAAGGUUGCGUGCCAGAGGAACACACCAUCGUUUACCUUUCUGGAACAGAUCCCGGAUCCUGUUAUCUUCGUGGAGAGUACCAAAGUGGUAUGGUCAAGGAACCUAUAGAGGUUGUACCUGUCGACGCCUCGAUCACGCUUCGAUACGACUCUCGCAUCCGUUUCGGAAAGACGUACCCUAUCGAAAAGAAUGUGAAGGUCAAAGACAUUGGUCAGGUCCAUCCGAGUCAUACAGGCAAGCUUGUUCAGUACUGGACUGAUCAAAGCUAGCCCCCAGCAACACAGCAUGCGAACUCUGCUGAGAUUUCCAGCGACCCACGACUCUCUUUGCUUCAUCGAAUACGUUUGCUGUCAGACUCUUUAGUCUAUGUUACGAGAUUAUGAACUUAAGGUCGUUUGGAGGGUCGCGAGCUC